UCUAGUCACAUAUCAAAUAAAUGGGCCCUUGUUUUUGUUGGAAAGAUACAGUAAUAUAAUAAUGAUAACCAGGUUAAAAUAAGUAUCUUAGAGCAGUUCCUUAACAUUCAACAUUGGUAUUAAAAUGUUUUCCAGAGAGUAUAAUAUUCGGGGGUGAUAUCAAUAUUCAAUCUGUGAUAUCAAUAUGUCGGCAAGUGAAAUGUGUUUGUCAACACACGAUCGAUCCAAAUUUUAAUCACUUUUUCAAUGUUAAAUUGCCACGCGAUGUGGUUUUAACAACGAAAUUUAACUUAAAACGUUUAACGACAUAUAUAUCGCGACAUCAAUGGUAGAUUUACACCUGUUACUUUCAUGAACAAGACCAAAUAGUACAAAUAUGUGACUAAUUACGUAUAAUUAAUAAACUAUUCAUAUUUCCUACUCGUUAGCAAUCUGAUGUUUUUUUAUAACAAAACAACUCUGCCAAUUUGAAUCUAAGGCUUGUGUUAUGUGCAGUGUGUUAGGAUUUUGGAAAAAAGUGCCGCAUUAAAGUGACUGCGUUAUGCUUCACGUUUUACGUUAUUACAAAAAUCAAUAUUAUGCAGUGGUUACCUAAGUGCAAUUAGGUUGCAUUAAAUGACCUAAAAUUAAAUCGCAAUCGAUAAUAAUGUAGAAUUGUAGGGUGUGUACGUCCUUAACUCGGUCAAAAUGAUGGAAGGACUGUUAGUUCAGCGUGUAACGCCUUUACUUAAAUGUAUGGUGUUAUUCCUGUUUAUUUUUACGGCAAAAGUCCUGACGUCUAGGCCGCAUGAAUCACAGGACUUUAGAAACAGCAUACACCACCAGAAACCGGCACACUACGUAAGAACGUUCACUAAAUAUCACCACAGAAGAACUAUUCAAUGGAACAGCCAAGAUGCGACGUACUGGCCGGUAACUCAAGACGAACCGAAACUGAUCGCGAAAAGGAGUGUAGACAUUCUAAAUUCAAACGAUUUCUUAACUACCUCCGAUGAUGACCAGGAUUUUAAUCAGUUGGCAUCUGAAUCUGUGAGAGACAACAUCAUUACUGAUAAGAAUGAUAAAAAUUCGGGUAAAGACCAGAAUUCAUUGAGCAAUGAGGUAAAAAAAACCAAAGUGAAGGCAGCAGUUGUAAUCACGGAAAAGCCUACUACACACAGCUCGACCAUAACAUGUCUUUAUAAAAUAGAGAGUGUUGCCAUGAGUGUAACUCCAGUGUCUUAUGUAGAAGAUGAGAAUGAGCAGUUUGUGGUUGAGAAUAAAAUUUAUGACACAGGUACUCUAACUGAGACUACACUCCCAAAUGGUGAGGUUGUACAGGUUGAACAGUGCACAGAUCCUGAAGCAUACUGCUAUACUCUGUGGAAUCACGACAGUGAAGGCAACAUCACAGUUUUGGGACAAGGUUGCUGGCACUACUCUCAACCAGAGGGCAGCAACAGUUGCGACAAAUGCACUCGAGUGACGUCUAAACUCUUAGCCGGUGUAUUUUGUUGUUGCAGCAAGAGUUACUGCAAUGCUGACUUUACAUCACUUAAAGAAGAAACGGUCACAAUAAAAGCAGAAUCAACAAUGGAGAGUGCAACACAUCCUAAUUACUCGAGUAUUGUGGCAUCCGCCAUCUUAGCUCUGGUCGCCAUCCUAUUAAUGGCUAUAGUAUUUAGCAAAGUUUAUUGUAAACGUGUUGAGCUUGAUAAAGAUGAACUGAGUGAUGGAGUUGACCUGGAAAAAGGUGAAAUUAUGGGAAGCGGACCAGACGCCCUCGCGACUGGAUUACUAUGCGUUGAUAAUCUGACACUUAUAGAACACAUUGGCCAAGGUAAAUUCGGAUCCGUGUGGCGAGGCAGUCUAGGCUCGACCCCCGUCGCCGUAAAACUCUACUCAAGCCCAUCCGCGUGGCAUAAGGAGGCUUCCGUAUAUGCCAUACCACAUCUGGCGCAUCCCAACAUUUUGCGGUACUACGGCAGCGACAGUCGCGCGUCACUAAUGGAGGCGGGCGGGCGGUCACAGCUGGUGGUACUGGAACUGUGUGCGGAGUCGCUACGGCGUCGCCUGCAGAGGGCGCCGCUGUCGUGGCACGAGUUUGCCGCACUGGCGCACGGACUAGCCGCGGCGUUGGCGCACUUGCACACACCUGCGGCAACUAAACCUUGUGUGGUACAUCGGGACGUCAACAGCGGUAAUGUGCUAGUCUCAUCCGACGGCACCGCUCGCCUCGCCGACCUUGGGCUGGCUCAACCGUUGCUGCCGAGAAGGGACCAUUCGACCCCCAGUCGAAUAACUGAAGCUGGUACUUUACGCUACCUCUCACCGGAAGCUCUAGAGGGCGCUCUAGACCUAAGCGGCGCUCGAGCAGCGUUAUGUGCUGUAGAUGUCUUCGCUUUGGGCUUAGUGCUGUGGGAGAUGCUGUGGAGGUGCAAAGGGGCCCACGCUAGGGUGCCCCCUUACGCGCCCCCUUACCAACACCAUGGGUUACCACCCAAGCCAUCGCUGACUCAGAUGCAGACAUUGGUUUCCCGAAAUAAGUCCCGACCGCCACUCCCUAAGGGACCUGUCCCGGAAAACCGCGCCCUAAAGAUAGCCACAGACACCUGCGACGAGUGCUGGGACCAUGAUGCUGAGGCCAGAUUAACAGCAGUCUGCGUGGAAGAACGAAUGGCUGAGCUCAAAAUGAUGUUGCAAGUCCAAGGGCCGGUUAUACACGACAACAAUUUACACCCGCAUCCGCCUGCUACAUCGGAGCUUCCCUCGUCGCCAGAUUCGGAUAAAAACUCCAACUGCACCCUAGUACAAAAUGGUGACGUCACAACCCCUCUCUUAUAUCCCGACCCGCACAUAGGCAGAAACGCAUGCAUAGAACGGAACACAAACACAAACACACAGAUACACACAGUAGAACUCAUACACAAAAGUCUCAAGGACAUCACCGUACCGGAACCGAGACGACAAAAUGUAGAAGAAAAUUGUUUAUCAGUAGCAAGGCUUACUAGAGCACAAACAAGAGAACAUACGGACAGAUUAAACGAAAUAAGAUCGUAUCAAAGGCCACUAGACUAUGUACCCAACGAUGUUACAUCACAUGAUAUAGACAGAGUCAAACAAACUAAUUUACACCAUGAAAAAGACAAACCGAAAUGGGGUAUACGAAAGUUUUUCGAAAAGAAACUCAAACCUAAAGAAACCGAAGUGAAAUUAGAACAUUCUAGUAAUACAACGCAGAAUGGGAAGACUAAAACCUCUUUAGUUGAUAAACCUAGUAAUAUAAAUUUCGACCGACCGACGAAUUUGGUUUUAAACGACGAUAUAGCUUUUAACUUUGGUCCAGGAACAUUGUCGCCACCAAACAUGACGUUAUCUCCUACAAUGAUAAUUGAAUCAGAGAUGAACACGGACAAAAUGUUUAAAGAAAUACCCUCCCUCGAUGAGAGAAACCAAAUCUUCGCUGUCAUAGUUCCAAAAGUAAUACAAGCAGAUUUGAAUCACAGUAAAACUUCGAAAGGUAGUUCUGAAAGCCUUAAGCGAUCAGUUCGAACAUCUAUGUCCUCGCAGAGUAUUUUCAAAGCAGGCAGCUCCGAAUCUGAGGAUUCUACAAUAAAAAAACGUCUUAGCUGCGACAAUAAAAUAAUAACGAAUUCAAACAGCGGUCGAUCAUCAAGAGCUAGUAUUAAUUUGGAACUCCAAUACAUUGAUAACAGCCAAAACGAAAAUUACAAUGUCGAAAGCCCGUUCGAUUUGAACUCCGACUGUUCUUCAUCAGAAGACGAACAUCUCAUGUUGCUAUCCGAAAAUGGCGGAUCAAAAAUAACUAUGCACGCGAUACCCAGAAAUCUGGACGACAAAAAGAAAAACGAGGUGUUAAAAGAAGCGACACAAACAAAAACGGAUUUCAGUUUUAACAAAUUCCACAAUAAAUACACAAAUUUCGACAACGAAUUCAGCGAUCCGCACGACAAAGAAAAUUUAGUUAACGGUUAUAGUGGAGAUAAUCCAGUUUAUUUAGCCGCCCUUAGUGGUGAGUUAAACGCUACGGCUCUGAAGCUAAUGCCAUCGGGUAGUUCCGAACCGGAACACCCAAAAUCGCCUAAACCAUGUCUAAAGUCUCUAUCAAUUAAGCGGCAGCAUUCUUUAGAACAAGUCAGCGAUAUAUUCUCGUCGUCUAGUGAUGUGAACUUACAAAAUCCGGCUGGAAGAGUCAAAACUCCUGGGGAUUUACCCGUCGCUGUCAGAAGGGCGAGGAGAGACAGGGCUCUGCAAAAAGGCAGGGCGAGUGAAUGUAAUAGACUGAGUUUGUAUGACGAUAGAAUGAUGUUCGGGAAUAGUUUGUAAAUUUGAAUUUUAUUCGUACAACCGAUUUUCUUCAAACAAGUGCGAAUUUUCGAUCGAAAUUGUCGAGUUAUUAAACUUUAAAGUAAUUUUUAAAUUAAUAAGGUUUCUUUUCUUAAUUUUUUGCAACGGAUUCAAGCGCUGCUCUACGAAGAAGCCCACAACCAACUUGUUGGGGGUUCUUCUUAGAACAGCUCUUUUUGUUUUUACCAUUCAGUGUCACUUGAUAUAUGUGCGGUUGUGAUAAAUACAGUACAAUUCGAAAAGAACCGAUAUAAUCGAUAAUUACAAAACGGGCAACAACAAUACUCAGCCGGUAAUGUUUCGAUGGAUAUUUCACACAUGUUUGGAAAAGUCAUUUUAUUAUUGUGAUAUUAUUCUCUUUGGAUUGCAUCUUGGUAGCGGUUUCAACUCUUUUUAAAGGUUUUGCAUUCAUUAUUUAUACAUUGCCGUAAUCUUUUAGGUGCAUACCGAUUUAAACUUUGGAUUAUUUAUUAAAAUGAAUGGACAAAUAAUAAAACCAACUUUUAGGCAAAUAGUAAAAUUUAAA